AUGUUUCAAGAGGACAUGGCAGGAUCCCCGCCAUCAUGUCCCUCAGCAUUUGCAGCUCCACGGCUUUACCCCAGCGUAUUGGCAGCACGGCUAAAGAUGACUUCCAAAGAGCAGCGCAAGCAAUGGGAAGCUGAGCAGAAGACUUUGGCUGCACUCAGGGUCCAAGAAGACCUCCUGGAUUGGUCUUGUGAAGAUGGUUUUCCUGACCUGCACCGUGUCGCUGGCGUGGAUGUCUCCUUCUUCGCAGAUGGGACCUAUGCCAUUGCAACUGUGGUUGUGUUGAGCUUUCCACAGUUGAAGGUCUUGUGGGAGCGCAGUGCCGCUUUCCGGCUGAGCGUUCCCUAUGUACCUGGCUUUCUGGCCUUUCGGGAGGUCCCAGCCUUAGCUCAGCUCAUGGACUCCGUGCCAUGCGCCUUGAAGCCCCAAGUGGUCCUUGUGGACGGGAACGGCGCCUUCCACCCACGCGGCUGUGGCGCGGCCACCCAUCUGGGCAUCACCGUGGAUUUGCCCACCAUCGGUGUAGCCAAGGAUGUGCUUAAGGUUGGGGAGGUGAACUCCUCCUUGGCGCGGCGAGUGAGCCUGACCUUGGCGCCGGGCCAGUGGGCGUCACUCUGCGAGGUGGCGGCGCUCUUCCGGCCCAGGAUGGGCAAGCCGUUGGUGGUGAGCCCUGGGCAUCGCAUCUCCCUGGAGACCGCUCUGCAGCUCACUCGGGCGAUCUGCGGAACGUCUGCUCCAGAGCCAGUUCGUCAGGCAGAUUUGCGGAGUCGCCGCGCUGUGAAAGCUUGGCAUGCGGGGCAGGAGGUGGAGUAUUUGUCCAAUCCGCGGCUUCGACACCUGGAACGGGUGCAGGCGGUGCAGGAGUUGGCGGAGCAGGGAGAGCUGAGGACUUCAGAGCGCGUCGAUGUGACGAGAUCGAAGUGCAAAUGGCAAGUGAAGGCUCCAGUGGUUCCCCAGGUGGAAGAGGACACAAGGACCUGGGGAAGCAUUCUCUUUGGCUGGAUGUGCGUAUGCAUGAGCAGAGAUGGGCAGCCCUGA